GAGCGAAGUGCUCCGAAGUCCGGACGUCACAGUAAAUGGCAAAGCACUUCUGAUAGAAUAGUUAAUAGUAGGAAAAAAGGUAUUUCUGUUGCUCGCAAGAGCGUUUUGUUGUUCGUCGAUGCUCUAAAAAUCAAGCUCGUGACUCGGUUUUCGCGUUUGGUUAUCGUCAGUGAAAACGACGGUCUCGAGAAAGGAGAAACAGGAUGGCGACUUGACCCCACGAAGAAUGAAACACUCUGCUUGUAGAACUGAAGUCUGAGCUCUGCUGAAAAAGUGCCAGCAACGCAAAAAGAUGGCGGACGUGGAUCCGGAAACGUUACUGGAGUGGCUAAGUAUGGGACAAGGUGAUGAGAGGGACAUGCAGCUAAUUGCACUGGAACAACUGUGCAUGCUGCUUCUGAUGUCCGAUAAUGUCGAUCGCUGCUUUGAAAGUUGCCCACCUCGGACGUUUCUACCCGCUUUAUGCAGAAUAUUUUUGGAUGAGCAUGCACCAGACAGCGUACUCGAAGUUACCGCUCGUGCUAUUACCUACUAUCUCGAUGUCUCCGCGGAAUGCACCAGACGAGUGGUUGCCAUGGAGGGUGCCAUCAAGGCCAUUUGCAGUCGUCUUUCGGGAGCCGCGCUCGGUUCCAGAGCUAGUCGAGAUCUCGCAGAACAAUGUAUAAAAGUUUUAGAACUGGUCUGCGCCAGAGAAGCAGGUGCAGUUUUCGAAGCCGGAGGUCUUCCAUGUGCUUUGUGCUUUAUUCGAGAGAAUGGAGCGCGAGUUCAUCGUGACACGCUACAUUCCGCAAUGGCUGUAGUCUCACGCCUUUGCGGAAAAGUUGAACCUCAAGAUAAGACUCUGCCUGAUUGUGUCGAAGCUCUCUCGACUCUUCUUAGGCAUGAGGAUGCUCAUGUAGCAGAUGGCGCACUUCGUUGCUUCGCUUCACUAGCAGACAGAUUUUCUCGACGGGGUACUGAUCCUGCACCUCUCGCUAGCAAUGGACUGGUUUCCGAAUUGCUCUACAGGUUAUCAAAUGCAGCCGGACCAAACACAUCAGUCUCAACAUCGUCCGGGAAUCCAAAAACCCCGCCUCCAAACACCACAAGCACGACAAUUGCAGCAGCAGAGCCCAAAUCCUGCGCUUCAGUCUCCACAAUAAUCAGCCUACUGUCAACUCUCUGCAGAGGUUCGCCUUCAAUAACACACGACCUGCUUCGAUCAGAAUUACCAGACGCGAUAGAAAAAGCGCUCAAGGGCGACGAGAGAUGCGCGCUCGAUUCUAUGCGACUUGUUGAUCUCCUCCUCGUCCUUCUCUUCGAAGGCAGAUCAGCCUUGGGGCGAAGCAACAGCGGAGGUCCUUCAGGUCCACUUCUGCCACGACUGCGACACCUCGACAGUGCCGGGGAAAAGUCACACCGGCAGUUGAUCGACUGCAUCCGCUCGAAAGACACCGACGCCUUGAUAGAAGCCAUCGACUCCGGAGGAAUUGAAGUCAACUUUAUGGACGACGUUGGCCAAACUUUGCUGAACUGGGCCUCAGCCUUCGGAACUCAAGAAAUGGUCGAGUUUCUCUGCGACCGGGGCGCGGAUGUCAAUAAAGGCCAGCGAUCAUCCAGCUUGCACUAUGCGGCUUGCUUCGGAAGACCCGCUAUUGCCAAAGUUUUGCUGAGGCAUGGAGCGAAUCCCGAUCUUAGGGACGAAGAUGGAAAAACACCAUUGGAUAAGGCGCGCGAGCGAAUUGACGAGGGACAUCGGGAAGUCGCUGCCAUACUUCAGUCGCCAGGUGAAUGGAUGCUGCCGCCGAAUCAAGACAGUCGGAAGGCAGAAACUGAAGCCGAGGAAUACACGGAACCAAAAGGCGAUCCGGAAAUGGCUCCUGUUUAUUUGAAGAGACUCUUGCCAGUGUUUUGCUCCACAUUUCAGUCGACGAUGCUGCCGAGCGUGAGAAAAGCGAGCUUGAGUCUCAUUCGGAAAAUGGUUCACUAUAUUCAAUCGGAGUUGUUGGUGGAGACUUGUGGAUCGGAUAAGACUGGAGGUUGCGGUGCUAUGCUUGUCGAAGUGAUAGCCAAUGUUCUGGACAACGAGGAAAUAGAGAUACUAAAGGCAUCACCGCCACCACAUCCGCCUCUCAAGUUGAUCAUUGGCCCAAAAUUGCCCUGCUUUUCGACACGCAAGUCUUCCAGUUCCCAGAACUACAUUAUUGAUAAGACGGAAGAUGAAGACGGUCACCUUGUAGUUCUUCAAAUGAUCCAAGACUUGAUGAUCAAAGGCAAAGAUGAAUUUCUAGAACACUUUGCCCGUCUUGGUGUCUUUUCAAAAGUUGCAGCAUUAGCUGGCCCGCAAGAAACAACCCCAGAACCCGAGGCAGAAUCAAAUCCAACUGGAGAAGAGCAACGACUUGAAGAUGCUCGUGAAUUACUAAUUGGAAAGGCUUAUCACUGGAGGGAUUGGUGCAUCUGUCGAGGUCGUGAUUGCCUCUAUGUUUGGUCGGAUGCGGCGGCCUUGGAAUUGUCUAAUGGAAGCAACGGUUGGUUCAGAUUCAUUCUUGAUGGGAAACUUGCCACGAUGUAUUCCAGCGGAAGUCCUGAAGGCGGAACCGACACAACAGGAAAGGGGAGGAACACUGAGUCGCUUGGUACUGAAGAAAACCGAGGAGAAUUUUUGGAAAAACUACAGCGAGCGCGUAGCCAAGUAAAGCCCAAUUCUGCGAGUCAACCAAUUCUUUCGCGACCUGGUGCUACCAGACUUGUUGUUGGCAACUGGGCGUUAUCCAGUAGAAAAGAAUGCGAAUUAUCAAUUCACAAUAGCGAUGGACAGCAACAAGCCACAAUUCUCAGGGAAGAUCUGCCAGGAUUUAUAUUUGAAUCCAAUCGAGGCACCAAACAUUCUUUCACUGCCGAAACAAGCUUAGGACCUGAAUUCGCAGCAGGUUGGGCAGGAAAAAGGGGUAAACGCCUGCGCUCGAAAAUUGAAGCGAUCAAGCAAAAAGUUAAAAUCCAAGCCCAAGAAAUCUACGAGCGUUAUUUCAAAGCAGCUCAAGCCCAACCACGCGGAGUCGUCGCCAAGCUCAGCACAAUUGUCAGCCAGAUCGAAAAGGCCUGUCACAAACAGCAGUCAGGCAAUCGCGAAUGGCGCAGUGUAUUGCAAAAUGCACUGGAAGAGCUCAAAGUUCUCCUCAACGAGGAGGGAAGAGUUUCGGCCUACGAAUUACACUCGAGCGGUCUCGUUCAAGCUUUGCUCGCACUACUAGCCGCACCUGCAGGAUCCCAACCACCCUCUAUGCGAACCACCAAACUCAGGUUGCACAGGAUAUCAGUCUUCAAGAACUGCUUCCAAAUUAAAGAGUCUCACAAAGAGCAGAAUUCGGCAAAAAUCCUUGUGCAGAAAUUAAUAUCGGUACUGGAGUCGAUUGAAAAGUUGCCAGUUUACUUGUACGACACUCCAGGUUCGGGAUAUGGUCUUCAGAUUCUAACUCGACGGCUGCGAUUCCGUUUGGAGAAGGCGAAUGGAGAGAGCGCCUUGAUCGACAGAUCGGGGAGGAGUCUGAAGAUGGAACCUCUGAGCACGAUACAGCAGUUGGAGAAUCACUUGUUGAAAAUGGUCGCCAAACAGUGGCACGAUCACGACAGAUCGACGUUUACUUUUGUAAAGAAGCUGAAGGAAGGAAAUAGACUGAAUUUUAAGUACCAGCAUGAUUUUGAUGAGAAUGGAGUGCUUUAUUGGGUUGGAACGAAUGCUAAGACUUCUCCUGAAUGGGUCAAUCCAGGACAAUAUGGUCUUGUGGUGGUGACUUCGAGUGAUGGGAGAAAUCUACCUUACGGUCAUUUGGAAGAUAUUCUAAGCAGAGAUCCGGCGGCAUUGAAUUGUCACACGAAUGAUGAUAAGCGGGCCUGGUUCUCUAUAGAUUUGGGUGUUUGGGUUAUUCCAAGUGCUUAUACGUUGAGACAUGCGAGGGGAUAUGGGAGAAGUGCUCUGAGAAAUUGGAUGUUCCAAGCGUCGAAGGAUGGAAUUAAUUGGACCACCUUGUACGCUCAUGUGGAUGAUUGUUCGUUGAAUGAACCAGGUAGUACAGCAACUUGGACUCUUGAGCCACCGAGUGAUGAAUCUCAGGGAUGGCGGCACUUGCGUCUUCAACAGACUGGAAAGAACGCCUCUGGACAGACGCAUUAUUUAUCGGUUUCUGGGUUCGAGGUUUAUGGAGAAGUUACGGGAGUUUGUGAAGAUUUGGGAAAAGCGGCGAGGGAAGCUGAGGCUGGAGUUCGAAGACAGAGGAGACUGAUUAGGACUCAAGUUUUGAGGCACUUGGUGGCUGGAGCUAGAGUCGCUAGGGGAUUGGAUUGGAAGUGGAGAGAUCAGGAUGGUGUACCACCAGGCGAGGGAACUGUGACCGGGGAGCUGCACAAUGGCUGGAUAGACGUGACCUGGGACUAUGGCGGUUCCAACUCCUACCGGAUGGGCGCUGAAGGAAAGUACGAUCUGAGAUUAGUGGGCACUGGACUGGAUUCCGACAACAGCAUAAAGGGUAAGAAUUCAAGUAUUUUAACUGGCCGAAAAUCCAGCAGUACUCCAAGUCUCCCAGAUUGCACCGACACUGGUAUUCGCUCUUCCGUAGCUUCCAUCGACCAAGCCGCGAGCACCGACAACUUAGCAGCCAAGCAAGCAGCGGAGUCGAUAGCAGAGAGUGUUUUGUCAGUUGCCCGUGCAGAAGCCGUGGUUGCAGUCACAGGAGAAGGCGGUGCAAAUUCCACAGGGGAGCUUUCGGUUGUCCUUCAUCCGCGACCUGACACAACUGUUACCAGCGAGCUGGCGACCAUUGUCGAAAGCCUCGCUCUAAACACCGAGUGUUCCACCAACAGUAACAGCAAUCGAACAUCGAAUAGCUCGAAACCGCUUUUUACUCCUGUUCGAGGAAACAAGCCGGCGAGUGGCUUACUCAGCCUGGAAGCCGCUGAAGUUCUCGAUCGAAUGCGAGAGGGAGCUGAUAGACUAAGGAACAAUACGAAUAGUUUCUUGAGUGGAGAACUAGUCGGUUUAGUUCCUGUUAGAAUUAGUGUAGCCGCAGAAACUGAAGAUAGUUCCUUGAGGAUAAGACCGAUUCCUAGACAUCAUCCUACCAUGGUGGACGGAACUAAAGAUUGCAGUCGUGAUAAGGAAGCAAGUUCGUCCUCGCAGAAUCCUGCUGGAGGAUGUUCUGUUGUUGUUACCAAUCCUAUGUCCGUUUCUGUACCCAACCUCGCUUGUUCCGAUGCUAACAACACAUUGGAACCGGCGGCCGCUACAGGCUUGUUGGAAACCUUUGCUGCGAUGGCACGAAGACGGACGUUAGGUCCUGCAGUUGGUCAACACAUCGCUCCUAAUGCAAAUUCCGGUUCGAAUCCACGAGGACCGAAUUCCGUUUCCAGUUUGGUUAGAUUAGCUCUUAGUUCAAAUUUCCCUGGCGGGCUGCUCAGUACAGCUCAAAGUUACCCAAGUCUGACUAGCAGUGGUCAAGUUGCCGGAAGUGGAGUGACCACAACUACGGGACCAGGAUUAGGACAAGCCUUUACAAUGUCCCUCACCAGUACAAGUAGUGAUAGUGAACAGUUGUGGCUACAGGUUAGUCUUGAGGAUUUUUUGGAGUCGUGCGGCGGAGUCGCGGGUUCUAGCGUUAGUGGAGGUCGCACAACUGGUGGACCAACGCUUCUCACUGAAUUGGAGGACGACGAGGAUCCCAUUCUCCAUGAGGAGGAUGACGACAACGACGAGAACGACCAAGAAGAUGAUGAUGAGGAAAACGAGGAAGAAGGAGACGGUGGCGAGGGUGAAUACGAAGAAAUGAUGGUGAGUCGCAACCUUUUGGCGGCAUUUAUGGAAGAAGAAGCACCGCAAAGCACCAAGCGAAGAGCCUGGGACGACGAGUUCGUUCUCAAGCGACAGUUUUCUGCUCUCAUUCCCGCCUUCGAUCCUCGCCCUGGUCGAACAAACAUCAAUCAGACGACUGAUUUGGAUGUUCCGCCACCAGGAAGUGAAACCCAAUCGAGUAUUCGUGUCGGUGCGUCUCAGAUGCCAAAACUUGUCCUCACGUUGAAAGGCCCGGGACUUCCGGGUGUUCCAGAUGUUGAGUUACCUCUCUCAGAACCAAAUGCCAGUAUUUUCCAGUCAGUUCAGGAACUGAUGCAACUAACGGAAUUGGGAAGCCGACAGGAGAAACUGAGGAGAAUAUGGGAGCCAACCUACACUAUAAUUUACAAGGAGGCAAAGGACGAUGAAUCCUCAGGAAGGGCAACGCCAAUCGUAACACUUUACUCUCGGAAUCCAAACCAAACCACAAACGCGUGCACAGUCGAAGACGUUCUCCAGCUUCUUCGUCAUGUGUUUGUGAUGAGUACAAACAAAGACGAUAAGAAAGAAGGAGCGUAUAUACCGGAAGAUGACGAGUGUAUAGUUAAUCCGGACGACUUCACUUCAAAGAAAAUCACAAAUAAAGUAGUACAACAGAUCCAGGAUCCGUUAGCUUUAGCGGCGGGAGCUUUGCCAAUUUGGUGCGAGGAACUUGCGAGGAGUUGUCCGUUCUUGCUACCUUUUGAGACCAGACGUCUCUACUUUAGCUGCACUGCCUUCGGGGCUUCGCGAUCAAUCGUCUGGCUCCAAACGCAGAGAGAUGCUGUGCUUGAAAGGCAGCGAGCGCCAGGUCUGAGUCCGAGGCGCGACGACAGUCAUGAAUUCCGGGUGGGAAGAUUAAAACACGAGAGAGUCAGUGUGCCAAGAGGUGACCAAUUGCUGGAUUGGGCGGAGCAGGUGCUCAAGGUACACGCUAGUCGAAAGAGCAUCCUCGAAGUAGAAUUUGUCGGCGAGGAAGGAACGGGACUCGGUCCAACGUUAGAAUUCUUCGCCCUCGUGGCUGCCGAGCUUCAGCGAAAAGACUUAGGCCUCUGGCUCUGUGACGAUGAGUCAUCAUGCAAUGAGGACGAUUUAUGCCAAUCCGGAGAACAAAUCCGACCUCAGGGAUACUAUGUUACACGUGACAGCGGCUUAUUCCCCGCUCCACUUCCGCAAGACUCCCAAGCUUGCAAUCGAUCCGCGAGGUACUUCUGGUUCCUCGGAGUCUUUCUGGCCAAGGUUCUCCAAGACAAUAGAUUAGUAGAUUUGCCCCUGUCGCGACCCUUCCUCAAGCUAAUGUGCCGAGGGGACAUCACCAACAAUGUCAAUGAGCGAAUCGGCUUGACUGGUGUCACACAGGAGAGUAUGUCUUCAAGCAUGGCGAGUAGUUUUAUAUCUGAGGAGGGAGAGCAAGAUACGGCAGGUUAUUCGAGUCUCGAGCCAACGCCCUGGUACAGUGGGAUCCUCGAUGUCGAAGAUCUAGCCUUAGUGGAUCCCGUCAGAGGGAAGUUCCUCAAGGAAGUGCAGACGCUGACGUCGAGGCGUGACCGAGCGAUUUCCGAGGGUCAAUCAUCAGCCGACGAGAGUCACAAUGACUCGUUUAGGAUCAUCCAUUCGUCUGGCACGUCGGUGGACAUUGAGGAUUUAGCUCUGUCGAUGACCUAUGCGCCAAGUUCCAAGAUUUUCGAGCACGAUGUCAUGGAAUUGAAAGAAGGUGGUACGGACAUACACAUAAAUCUGGAGAAUGCGAGGGAGUAUGCUGAACUGACGAUUGACUAUUGUCUCGAGCGAGGAAUUGCAAGGCAGAUGGAGGCUUUCAGAUCUGGAUUUUCGAAAGUUUUCCCCAUGGAGAAAUUGCACGCUUUCAGUCCUGAGGAAAUUCGGGCGAUGCUCUGUGGAGAACAAAAUCCCCAGUGGACGAGGGAGGAUCUGCUCAACUAUACCGAACCGAAACUGGGUUACACGAGAGAAAGUCCUGGCUUCCAGAGAUUCGUCAAUGUACUAUUGUCUCUGACGGGUCCAGAGCGAAAAGCCUUCCUCCAGUUUGCAACUGGUUGCUCUGCACUGCCCCCUGGUGGUUUGUGCAACUUACACCCUAGACUGACGGUGGUGCGGAAAGUCGACGCAGGAGCUGGCGGCUACCCGUCCGUGAAUACGUGCGUGCAUUAUUUAAAAUUACCGGAAUAUCCAACCGAAGAGAUGUUGAAAGAGAGACUCCUCGCAGCCACGCGAGAAAGAGGUUUUCACCUGAAUUAAGGCAUAGUCAUCGCGAGUAGGCAAAGAAAAAUAUUUAAAAAGAGUCGUCAAAGGUGUUGCCGUCGGACUCUCCAGCCGCCCCUUUGGGACAAAUUGUGUCCGCGUAUUUGGCGUAACGAAAAACUAAAGCCUAGUUUUCGAUAGUUCUCUAAAUUACUCUAAUAUAGCUAAUUUUUCACAGUCAGAGCUAUUGAAACAUGAAUUUUUCGAUCGGUUCGCCAAGCAAGUUCUCGUUGCUUCAGCGAGAUUCCACAGACUCAUUUCGUUCCAGAGUUCGAUCUACUCUCCUAAAUAGAAAUUCAACCGAUCAUUUCUGGAGGUUUUUUUUUCAUUUUUGGUAGAUUGAUAACGAGAGCGUUUUGUGUCGUCGUUCGGUUAUGCAAAGAUAAUGUGAUAAACUUCAAGUAACAAAACGAUUUUGCAAGUGCACAUAGGCAUUGCGAUGUUUUCUCCAGUCUCCAAGUCCACACAACUGGCACGAAUUUCAAUUCACUUUAUUUCUAAUCAAGGUAUAAUGUUAAGUAUACGCGUAAUACGAAUUAAUCAUUGUUUCAUGUACUAUAGACUUAUUUCGUUCGUGCGCUAUAUAUUUUUAUCUUAUUUUCUCUUCUAUUCUAUUCUACUCUAUUCUUUUUUCGUCUUUGUUUUUCCGUAGUUAUUAAUUAACUCAGUACUUACGAUCUUGGACCACUUGCCACUUGCUAGGGUCACAACUAUUUUUAUUUGUAUUUCGAAUACGUUUUUCUUCUUCAGCGUGUCUAAUCUUGAGUCGCGCGCGUCCUUUGUCGAGAAGGAAAAUCGAUUAAAAUUAAUAUACAAUCUGGAAGAUUGCCUCGAUGGUUAACAAUGCAUAAAAUGCCUUUAAAAAUAGAUAUUUUCAUUUUGAUUGCUUUCGAAUCGAAGUUGAGUUUAAGUAUCUUUCCUCUCGAACUGAAAAAAAUCCGUAUUAGAUUAUUAUCUGAGAAAGCGUCCAUGUCAACGAAGAAAGUUGACUUUGUAAAGUGUCAUUAGUCUCGUUAAGAAAAGUUGUAGUGCUCGUAAAAUUGAUUCCUAUAUUUUAAAUACAAUAAUUCUUAUUAUGUACCACCGAGUCGAUUUUUAUGCUGGACGAUACUCUUUGAAGGAUAGUAAAACGCUGGAAGUCUCAGUUUUUUCUAUAUGAAUCAUGUUUCCUUAGACUUUGGAAAAAGAUCCGGACUUGUCGGAGAUGAUUGUUGAAAACGAAAGGUAAAUUGUGAUUUCAUCCCUUCUGAAAAUUAGACGAACUAAGCACUCUGUUUUUACGGUAACUUACGUAAUGCUCACACGGUAUCUACGACUAUAGGCUGAAUAAAAAAAAAAUCGUAUACCUGUAAUUGCAUAUAGAGGAAAGAUAUAAAGAUACAUAAUAUAAAUGUGAGAAAAUAUUAAUAACGAUGUCGAAAUGGAAAAAAAGAUAGUUACUAUUACUGUAAAAUAAAUUAUUAUUGAUUCUUGGGGAGAAGAAUAAAUGAUAAAUACGUUA